AUUCCAGUGUGUCACACUCAGGGAUGGAGAAAGAGUUUUGUGUUGAGUUAGUGGAGAUUUAAGGACAUAAGAACCGCGAAAUAUGAACAAUAAUCUUGGAUUUAAUCUCGGCGCAGAGGGCUACCAACACCUCCGCAGAGACUUGUCAGAAGAUGAGCGAAAGUUGGUUUCAAAGGUGUUCUAUAUGUGUGACGCUGAUUUCAAGGGAUACCUAAGCAGGGAAGAUAUCAAAGUGGCAUUUAUUGAACUUUUUGGAUUUAAGCCAUGCAAGUCAGAAGUAGACAGCCUGAUAUUGAGGUAUGGAGGAACACAGACUGAUGAUGGACCACACCAUGGUCUCACACUUGAAGAAUUUACAACAGCAAUGUCAUCCAAGAUGGCUGAGCAGGAUGAGGAUGAGGUCAUUCGUGAAACUUUUCUUGCUUUCGAUACACACUGUCGAGGUUUCUUAAUAAGAGAAGAUGUACAGAGAAUAUUCAGUAAGGUAGCUCCUCAUCUCCCGCCUGUCACUGUAGACACUGCCUUCCGAGAGAUUGAUCAAGAUGCUGACGGGCGUGUGAGCUUCAGAGAUUUUCAGAUGAUGAUGAAAUAUGACUUUGAGUGCCACAUUUGACUGCAGGAACGUAACAGCUGCGGUUUUAUGCUGCCAGUCUGUAGGGACCAGUCUGUGAUGACCAGUCUGUAGGGACCAGUCUGUGAUGAGAUGCGCUGACAGUUCAGAUGGCCAUGCAGGCAGGAGACCCGGAGAAAGCCGAGUCGCACAUAAUGUUCUGUGGUAUGGAGCCAUUUGUGCAAAACACAGUCAUUCAGAUCACCGUCAGUUACACGAGUGUUCAGUCUGAAGGAGGAAUUGCCAUCUUUUAGUAGCUUCCAUCUGUGUAACAUGGUCUUCAUUGUUGACUCUUUCCCUUUAUAUCUGUGCCAAACCAUUUUGGAU